GUCGGGAACGGACGAGAACGUCCAUGUGGGCAUUGUAGCUGUACAGCCGGCCACUGGCGAUGUCAUCUAUGAUACUUUCGACGACGGCUUCAUGCGCAGCGAGAUUGAGACGCGAUUGCUCCACGUUGCGCCAUGCGAGUUUGUCAUCGUCGGCGAUGUCUCGAAAGCCACCGAAAAGUUGGUACAGCAUCUGUCAAGGAGCAAGAGCAAUGUGUUUGGAGACCAAGCACGCGUGGAACGCGUGGAGAAACCGAAGACAAUGGCUGCGCAGGCGUACAGCCAUAUCUCCAACUUCUAUGCCGAUAAGAUGAAGGAGGCCGACAGCAGUUCGGAGACGGCGAACACGGUGCUGGACAAAGUCCAUCAGCUCUCGGAGCCCGUCACCAUCUGCUUAUCUGCAAUGAUCACGCACUUGACGGAGUAUGGCCUGGAGCAUGUCUUUGAUCUGACAAAAAACUUCCAGCCAUUCAGUGCUCGAUCGCACAUGCUGCUCAACGGCAACACACUAAGCAGCCUGGAGAUAUACCAGAAUUCGACAGACCACACGACCAAGGGAAGUUUGUUCUGGACACUUGAUCGCACGAAGACUCGUUUUGGGCAACGUUUGCUGCGCAAGUGGGUCGGGCGGCCGCUCAUAAACAAGACGCAGCUGGAGGCGCGAAUUUCUGCUGUCGAGGAGCUUAGAAGUAGUGAACAGACGGCAUCUGCUGAAAAGCUCAAGCACUUGGUUUCUCAGAUCAGGACUGACCUUGAGAAAUCCCUCAUCCGGAUCUAUUUCCAGAAAUGCUCGCGUCCAGAACUGCUUGGGGCUCUCCAGACCUUGCAACGGAUUGCUAGCGAGUACACGCAUGUGACGUCCCCUGACAAGGCGGGGUUUUCUUCGCCAUUGCUGCAGGAAGCUGUUGCAAGCUUACCGCUGAUAUCCGAGGACGUUGUCAGUUUCCUCGAGCGGAUCAACCUUCAAGCAGCCAAGGAGGAUGAUAAGUACGGAUUCUUCCGGGAGGAGUACGAGACCGAGGAGAUUACCGACCACAAGAUGGGCAUUGUGUCGGUCGAGCAUGACCUCAACGAGCACAAGAAAGAAGCGGCUGAGAAACUCAGGAAGUCCAAGGUCGACUACGUCACAAAAGCAGGCAUUGAGUUCCUAAUCGAAGUCCCCAACUCGCAGAUCAAAAACGUGCCCGCCUCCUGGGCCAAGAUCAGUGGCACGAAGCAGGUGUCGCGCUUCCACACGCCGGCGGUAAUCAGCCUGCUGCGCGAGCGCGACCAGCAUAAAGAAGCGCUUGCCGCGGCGUGUGAAACGGCAUUCAAGGCGCUGCUCGCCGAGAUCGCCGCCAAGUACCAGACCUUCCGCGACAGCAUCCAAAGCCUCGCGACGCUGGACUGCCUGCUCUCGCUCGCGGAGGUGUCACGCCAGCCCGGCUACGUCAAGCCGACCUAUACCGACGAGGUCUGCAUCGAGGUCUCGGAGGGCCGACACCCCAUGGUUGAGCAGCUGUUGCUAGAGUCGUACGUCCCGAACGACGUGUCGUUGCAGGGCGAGGGGGGGACGCGCGCGCUCCUCAUCACAGGGCCCAACAUGGGCGGCAAGUCAAGUUACGUGCGGAAAGUCGCCCUCAUCGGGAUCAUGGGCCAAGUAGGGAGCUACGUGCCGGCCGCAUCAGCAAAGCUAGGCAUGCUAGACGCGGUGUUCACGCGCAUGGGCGCCUUCGACAACAUGCUCGCAGGCGAGUCGACGUUCAUGGUGGAGCUUUCGGAAACGGCGGACGUGCUGAAGCAGGCGACGCCACGGAGUCUGGUGAUUCUGGAUGAGUUGGGCCGCGGCACGAGCACGCAUGACGGCGUCGCGAUCGCGCAUGCCGUGCUCGACUACGUCGUCCGCGAGCUGGGUGCCCUGACCCUGUUUAUCACGCACUACCAGAGUCUGGCGCGCUUGGCGGACGGGUUUGCGGCUGCCGAGCUGAGGAACGUUCAUAUGCGGUUUGAGGAGACGGAGGGGGACGAGGUCACGUUCCUCUAUGAAGUCGCGCCCGGCGUCGCGCAUCGCAGCUAUGGACUUAAUGUCGCGAGGCUGGCGCAGGUGCCUGGGGCUGUUCUUGAUGUCGCGGCUGUGAAGAGCAGGGAGCUGGAGGAGACGAUGCGGAGGAGAAGGGUGGGUGGUGUGGUGGCGGGGUUGGAGAGGCUGAUUGCUGAGGGUUCUGGGGAGGGGGAGCUGGAUUUGGAGGGCUGGGUUGAGGGCGUCGAGAUGUUGUAGCGUUGUGUGUGUCGAAGAAAGGAGGGAGAGGGGAAGUGCUUGCUGUUGCUUGCUAUGGGGAUGGGGGUUGCUGGGUACGGGCGUUCGGUGCUGUAAAACAUGUGUUUUCUCUCGAGCUGCGCUAUAGACAUGGUAUAGCUAUCAUAGCAGUAGUAACGAUGUGUGCGGAUAAACUUAAGGGUAAGAGACGAGACAGUGUGAGCGAAGUAGGUUGGGAAUUGCAAGCACGAGGCUCGGUUGUAAGCAGAUCUGGCAAGAAGGCUGAUAUGCUCAUAGGGGUAGCGUAUUAUCUCAACAAGUAGACCUUGGCCUUGUCCCAAGCCAUUCCCUUCACCCUCCCCAG